AUGCGGCGGCACUGCGGGUUCCAGAGCCUAGUGGCGGUUCAGUGGGGCGGACUGGUGGCCCUGCUACUGCUUUUGGUGGGCGCAGCCGUCGUUGCGGAGGCGGCUCCGCAGGUGCCGAACCGGCCGGUGUGCGGCGAGCGCUUUGCAGUCGCCUUCCAUGAUGACAAGGGGGAGGCCGUCGUGCGGCAGCUGAGAGCGCAAGGGUUCACCAUCCACACCAGUGGCCCGGGGUUUGCUGCAGUCUCGCAGUGCACACAGCAGCAGGGGGAGGAGCAGCAUCAACAGGCAGCACAGCAGCAGCUGGCCCCUCGGCGCGGCCUAUUUGAGGGUGCGGCAGAGCUCUUCACUGGUGCGCGACGCGCGAUGCAGCGGCGGCGUCACCUGCGAGUACUUUCAGCCAUGGACGGCGUGCACGUGGCCGAGCAGGACGUCAUGCGGUACCUCCAGCGGACAACCCCCUCGCCAGGCCCCAUCGCCUCGUCGGAGCAGCGGCCGGCCUCAGCAACCGGCCUCGCCCACAUUGUGCGCCGCAUGCUGCGCGGCGCACUCAGCAGCGCCGGCCUCAGCGGCCAGCGCUCUGGCGAGGCGCUGCGGCGUGCAGGCAGCACGCCGCCAAACCCAUAUCAGCCGUGGGAAUUGGACCAGACGCAGUGCGCCAAGAAGGACGAGCCGCUUGACACAUAUGCCGGGGGCGAGGUAAUGCCUUGGGGCAUAAUCGCAAUUCAGGCGAACAGCACGAAUGUGCCAAAUUCAACUGUCAACAGCGGUAUCACCGUCUGCAUCAUUGACAGCGGCCUGUGGAAGGAGCACCCAGACCUGCAGCCAAAACCCAACAGCCUAUCAGGCUGCGGCAUCGGCGUCGGCAGCGGUGAUGAUGAGGCGUGCAAGUACCCAUGGGGCGAGGACAUUGUGGGCCAUGGCAGCCACGUGGCCGGCACGAUCGGCGCUCCGCGCAACGGCCGCGGCGUGGUGGGCGUGAUCCCUGGCGGCGCCGACAUCUUUACCGUACGCAUCUGGAACACGUCAGGCGACGUCAGCCAGGGGCAGGGGCAGUAUGCGUCAGACCUUGUGCGCGCGUAUGCAGCCUGCGAGACGCGGCUGGACGCCCUGGCGAAGCAGAACCCAAGCAAGCCCCAGAGAAUGGUUGUCUCCAUGAGCUUUGGCAGCGCGGGGCCGCUCACUGUGGAACGGUUGUGGUUCGAGCGUGCAUCAAAGCGCAAGGACCUGCUAUUUGUUGCAGCGUCCGGCAACAAUGGCAGCGAGUGGGGAAGCUUCUUGCAGCCCCCAAAUGGGCCCCAGUGGAAGUCCUACCCGGCCUCCUACAAUGUGGCUACCCUCCUCAGCGUCGCCAAUGCCAACUGCAACGGUGGCAUCGCUGAGAGCAGCCAGCGCAACGAUGCCGUCGCCAUCGCCGCGCCGGGCACCGGCGUUCUGUCCACGGUUCCUGACGCUUACAAGUACGUGCGCGCGGCGGUUCAGCUAGACGUGGACACAUCCAAGGCCCUCGCCGCGGCUUCUGGCGCGAGAAACGGCAAGGCUCCCUCCUACCCAGAAGCCCGCCCCAUGCAGGACGCCCCGAUCAACGGCACCGGCACCAUGCGGCUGCUUGCCGACUGCGGGGACGCGCCAAAGCGGUCGUCCGCCGCUGGGCAGCGCGGGACCGUGGGUGGACAGCUGCGUGCGCCAUUGUUCAACGCGUGCACUGCGGCAAAGGGCGGCGGCGUGUGCAUGAUCGGCCUGCCCGGGCACCUGGACAUCUACGAGGAGUCAUGCCUGGCGAUGCUGUCGUGCAUGGACGGCGGCGGCAGCGCCCUCAUCGCGUGGCGCAGCACCGACGUUGACGAGCUUAGGGAGCGAGUUGCUGCCAGGAACCGCUCGGCUGCCGCGCAAUCCCGCGGCCGUUUGGCGGAUCGCGGUGGCCCUGCCAGCUUACGCGGCAGCGGCGCGCCGCUUGUGCAGGCAGAUCCGACCCUGUCGAUGGACGCAUGGGCGCCCAACCCCAGCCUAGGUGGCGGCGGCGGCGGUUCAGGGGACGGGGCGUACGACGACAAUUUUGACCGCGAGAUACUGCCCGGUGCGCGCCUCAAUUGCGGCACAAAAUGUGACUGCUGGAACCAGAUGCAGCAGCGCAUGCAGUCCGGUGCGAAAGUACUGCCGGGCGUUUUUAUCGGGAGUCGGCAGGCGCUGGACAUGCUCAACGCAGUGCGGGGCAGCUCAGCCGCUGGCCAGCUGCGGCCCAAGGCGAACACCCUGCGCGCCAACGUGACGAUCUUCGACUACCCGUACCGCCGCUAUGAUGGGACCAGCAUGGCGGUGCCUCACGUGGCUGGCGCGGCGGCGCGCAUUUGGGCAGCCUUUCCAUCUUGCUCAGCCCUGGAUGUUUCAAGGGCAUUGCGCGAGAGUGCGGAUGCGUCGAAGCUCAAGAAAGUUGGCAGCAUUUCAAGGGGCAGUGGGUUCCUGCAGGUCGAGGAGGCGUACAAGAAGCUCAAGUCUUUUAACUGCAAGUAG